CGCAUGCGCGGACACGUCAAAGUUCCUUGUCAGUGGUCACUUUAGAAUAUCAUAAACAUUGCGUGUGGACACUACUAUCUAUUUUGCAUAUUAACAUAUCUAUAAGCGAUUCCAUGCAUGAGCAAAUCACAUCUCAGGGGAAAUAAUACGUAUUUAGCGCGUCCCCACUAUCCCGGAAGGAGGCGUGCACUCGCUAGUUACAGUUUUACAUGACGACCUUAAGUUCCUUCAGUGAUCUGAUCUGAUCUGACACUCGCCAUACCGGUUUAAGGUGGGGACUCCGACGUGCACACAGAAGUAAAAUGAGUGCAGCUCUUUUAAACAGACUGAAGCCUGCAGUGAGCUCUGCGAUCCGGCUGUGGAGCUGCAGGGCACCGGUGAUCGAUAACAGAAGCGCCGCACUCAGUCACCCCUGCCCGCCGUCAGUGAGAUUCUACAGCGGACUGAUGGAGUCCGGAGCGCCGCUCUUCAGACAGUUGUUUGAAUCUGAGAGCAGCACGUACACAUACCUGCUGGCCGACACAGACACCAAAGAGGCCGUGCUGAUCGACCCCGUGCUGGAAACAGUGGACAGAGACCUGCAGCUCAUCAAUGAACUGGGACUUAAACUCAUAAUGGCUGUGAACACUCACUGUCACGCGGAUCACAUCACUGGCACUGGACUGCUGAAGAAGAAGGUGUUUGGACUGAAGAGUUGCAUCUCCAAACACAGCGGAGCCGCUGCGGACAUACAGCUCUCCGAGGGAGAUCAGAUCACUUUCGGAAAACAUUGUCUAAUGGUGCGAGAGACCCCGGGACACACGGAUGGAUGUGUGACGUACGUCACUGGAGAUCAGAGUAUGGCUUUCACUGGUGACGCCCUCCUCAUCCGGGGCUGCGGACGGACAGACUUUCAGCAAGGUUGUCCUAAGAGGUUGUACGAGUCCAUCCACAAGAAGAUUUUCACCCUGCCUGGACAUUGUUUCAUCUACCCCGCACACGACUACAAGGGUCAGACUGUGUCCACCGUGGAUGAGGAAAAGAAGUUUAAUCCACGGCUGACAAAGACGCUGGACGAGUUUGUGAACAUCAUGAACAACCUCAAUCUCCCCAAACCUAAAAAAAUAGAUAUAUCAGUGCCUGCGAACUUGGUGUGUGGACUUCAUGAUAUUUGAAUGUGAAAGCUGACAUUAACUUUUUAGGUGUCUGAUUUAAAUUUUACGGUGCGUAUAGAUAUAAACUACAUGCAGUGAGAUGAUAUUUGCAUUAAAUCAUUCCUGUGAUUCAGGGUAAGUUGACAGAGGUGAAAGAGUACAAUGAAAUAUCAAACUUGACAUUUUCAUUCUGGUCAGUGUUUGUUCUUGUCGUUUUUUUAUGGAUUUCAAAAAAUACUUUGACCUAACCUGUGUGCUGUAUCAUAUAAUAUCAUAUCGGAGAAAUGAUGGUCUGCUUCUUUCAGCUUACUUAAAUGCUUUAAAUAAUCAAGUGCUGCAGCUCUCAUUUGUAAUGUAAAAUGUAAUGAUAAAAAUCAUAUUUUGUAAGAAAAAAAAAACCAUAUAUCUAAUCUGUUUUAAUAAAUGUUUGGUGAAACCA